GGUUAGGUGCCUUUCAAGUAUAAAACGAGUCUAACUGAAGGAUAGAAGCCUUGUUGCAUACGGUGUACUUUCUGUUGUUCCUCUUUUGGGACCCAUCUCGCCCAGGGGGGGUGGCGAGGGCUUACGUACGGGAAUGGGGACUUGUGGCUGUGUUGAUAUUACUGCGGAGUGUCGAUCGGAACAGAGUUCCAGGAUGCGUUGUUUACCCCUCAGCCCUCAGCGCUCAACCCCUCCGACCCCUCCAUGAAAACACCCCCGAGAGGCUCAACCCCUUAUACUGCAAGCCCCUGAAAAUGACUAAAUGGCGUGAGAAUGGCUCCAUCUUUUGCCUUGUGGACGCUCAGCUGAGAAGCGGAGACGACUCUCGAUCCAAUAACAGAGGAUGCCCAUGGGCAGGUGGAUAUCGACGUGGCCCGUCUGUGGAUACAAUCGUAUCUCACCGCAACGAUCGAUUUUUGAGCUGAACGCCGAUCCAUUCGGUUAGAGUGUUUUGGGAUCUAUCUAAAUAGCCCCCGUCUGCCUCUCCCCCUCCUCUUCUUUUUCUCUCCUCAUCCAUCACAACUUUUUCUGAUCUUUCCUCAACAGACCACUCUCCUCCAAACAAAAUGUCUUGGUUCGACGAAGAGCACGAGAACGCCCGCGCCCACCGCGAGGUCAACCAGACCGAAGGCCACCAGGGACACUGGUCUCACGACUUCAUCGGUGGUGCCGCCGCCUAUGAGGCCAUGAAGGCCUACAACGACCACGAGGCGAAGAACGGCAAGCCCCAGAGCCAUGCCCAGGCUAAGCAGAUCGCCGCUGGUCUCGCCACCGCUGCUGUCACUCAGCUCUUCGAGACCAAGGGCCUCGACUUCAUUGACCGCCAGAAGGCUGAGUACCACGCCAAGAAGCAGGCUGAGGAGGCCAUUGAGCGUCACUACUAAGGGUUGACUUUUCCCGUUGACUCUUAACCGUCCAUGAUGUAUAUACCAUGAAUGCCAAUUAACGUUUUAACGCGAAGUGUUGCUUUCUUCUAUCUCUCCCUCACCCUAAUCGUAAAUAAAGAAUACUUGCAUCACACCAUCCUCCACGCCUUGUUCACAGCAUUGUCUGUUCUCAAAUAAUCCUCGAGGAUGAGUUUCAUGAUCGGACGAAAAUUGGAAAGGGCAUGUACAACACAACGGCAGUAGCUACGUGUAUCAGUGGGAUGCUCAGAUGUAAGCCAAUCCGGUCAAG